AUGAGUGGCCGUUUGCUGGACUUGUUUAAGCCCUUCGAGGCCUUUUUGCCAGAAGUGAUCGCACCUGAGAGAAAAGUGCCUUACAACCAGAAACUAAUCUGGACUGGUGUGUCGCUACUGAUCUUUUUGGUGCUUGGCCAAAUUCCGCUCUAUGGUAUUGUCUCUAGUGAGACUUCAGACCCACUGUACUGGCUACGUGCCAUGUUGGCAUCUAACAGAGGUACUCUAAUGGAAUUGGGAGUAACACCUAUCAUCACCUCGUCGAUGAUCUUCCAAUUUUUGCAAGGCACUCAGCUGUUGCAUGUUGACAUGGAAAACAAACAGGACAGAGAAUUGUUUCAAAUUGCGCAGAAAGUCUGUGCUAUUUUGCUCACGUUUGGUCAAGCCGUCGUGGUGGUGCUCUCGGGCAACUACGGUAGACCCUCAGAUUUGGGUAUUGCCAUCUCGUUGCUUUUGAUCUUUCAAUUGAUGUUCGCGUCCUUCAUAGUGCUGUUGCUCGACGAACUUUUGGCCAAGGGCUACGGUUUGGGAUCUGGAAUUUCGUUGUUUACUGCAACCAACAUCGCAGAACAAAUUUUCUGGAAAGCAUUUGCGCCAACCACGGUCAACUCCGGCCGCGGAAACGAAUUCGAAGGUGCUGUGAUUGCAUUUUUCCACUUGCUUGCCGUGAGAAGAGACAAGAAGCGCGCACUUGUAGAAGCUUUCUACAGGGAGAAUUUGCCCAAUAUGUUCCAAGUGUUGUCCACGGUGGCCGUGUUCUUGUUCGUGCUGUACCUACAGGGCUUCCGCUAUGAAUUGCCCGUCAGAUCUACCAGAACUAGAGGUCAGGUUGGAGCUUACCCUAUCAAGCUAUUUUACACUUCCAACACACCUAUCAUGUUGCAAAGUGCUUUGACUUCGAACGUGUUUUUGAUUUCUCAAAUCAUGUACCAGAAAUUUCCCUCCAACCCUGUAGUUCGCCUCAUGGGCGUUUGGGGCGCCAGACAAGGCUCUCCAAUGGGCCAGCAAGUGGCUUUGAGUGGGUUGUCUUACUACAUCCAGCCACCCUUUUCUGUUACCGAUGCUGUCUUGGAUCCAAUUAAGACUGUCAUUUACGUCGCAUUUGUGCUAGGCGCCUGUGCAAUGUUCUCAAAGACGUGGACCGAAAUUUCCGGUACCUCGCCAAAAGAUGUGGCCAAACAAUUCAAGGACCAGGGUCUUGUCAUCAACGGCAAAAGAGAAACGUCUGUUUACAGAGAGCUCAAGAAAAUCAUUCCCACUGCUGCCGCGUUCGGGGGUGCCACUAUCGGUGCGCUCUCUGUCGGUUCUGAUCUACUUGGAACCUUGGGAUCUGGUACCUCGAUCCUGAUGGCCACAACAACCAUUUAUGGCUACUACGAGACCGCUGCUAAGGAAGGUGGGUUCACUAAAAACCUGGUUGCAGGUUUUUCUGAGUUGAUGUAA